UCUUUUUCUGGCCUUCCACAAGAUAAACCCAUCUGUUUCAUCUUGUGUCACCGGAUGCUCUUGUUCUCAAAACACCUUUGGAAGGAGUUUGCUCUGCAUGUCUGCACUGCUGAGGCAGAUCCCUGCAAACAUCCCUCAGGACAUCCGGAAAAUUAGAAUAGAAAAUUCUCACCUAACAGAAUUGCCUCGCGGGUCUUUUGAGAACAUUAGUGCCUUGGAGUAUCUCUGGCUCAAUUUUAACAACAUCACAGUGAUGCACAUCAAGAGCCUGCAAUAUCUGCAGGCUCUGAAGGAGCUUCGUUUGCAAGGGAACAAACUAAGUUCGGUGCCAUGGACAGCAUUCCAAGACACCCCAGCUCUGAAAAUCCUGGAUCUGAAACACAACCGGCUGGAUGUCCUUCCAGAACAUGCGCUCCGCUAUCUGCCCAACCUGACCUAUUUAGACCUAUCCUCAAAUCAGCUUACCGUCAUAUCCAGGGAUGUCUUCUAUAGCUGGCCCGUCUACCAGAGAAGCCAGAAGGUGGAGGGGCAGACAGAAGCUAUUUCCAAUGCCGUCCUGGCCCUUCAUGACAACCCCUGGAUUUGUGACUGCCGCCUGCGGGGAUUUGUCCAGUUUAUCAAGUCGGUUGGCCCACCUAUUAUUCUGAUGAAUUCCUAUUUAACUUGCUCAAGCCCGAAAUUCAGGGCAGGGAAGUUUUUUCAUGAAGUAGAGCUCAACAGCUGCAUGAAGCCACUGACCUCAGCCCUUGACACCAACCUGACAGUCCCGGUGGGGCUGAACGUCACCCUGACCUGCUUUGUGCAAGCCAGCCCUUCCCCAGCUGUCUGGUGGACCUAUGCACUCAAACUUUUAAGGGCAUUUAAUGUGUCCACCGAGCCCAUCAGCGAAGAGACCGUCCGCUCAGAGCUGCUGAUCCCAGCGGCACGGCCAGCAGAUGCCGGCAACUACACCUGCACGGCUGCCAACUUCUUGGGCAACAGCAACCCCUCGGUGGCCAUCCCCCUCCGUGUGGCGGCCCCGUGGGCGCCCACCACUCCCCUGAGCUGGGCCCCCAUCGCCCCUGCUGAGCCGGGUGCCCACGUAGAAGUGCGCAUUGCCAAGCAGACGGUCUACGGCAUCACGCUGGAAUGGUUUGCGGCGGCGGCAGCAGCAGCAGAGCCAGGGGAGACCUGGUACACCCUCCUGGUGGGCCGCUAUGACGCUGCCCAGAAGGACACGAUCUACAUCGGCCCCG